AUGGAUCCUAGAAACCUUAAUCGUUUUCCACAUACAUGUUUUGUUGAUCUUAUGAAUUCUCAAAAAGACUCCAACAGUUCUGAUAAUCCGAUUCUUCCAAAUACAUCCUCUUCUCAGUCUGUCCACUUUAACUCUACCUUCUCUUUUCAGCCUGUCCACUUUACCUCUACCUUCUCUUCUCAACCUGUACACUUUAGUCCUGGAUUCUCUUCUAUGCCACUUCACUUUAGCCCAUCAUCUGACUCUGAAGACUGUAUCGAGUUAACAGUUGAUGAGAAUGAAGAAGACGGAGGAAGAGGAAUUAGAAAGCGGUGGAUUGCAGAGGAGGAUGUCAAUCUCAUAAGCGCUUGGUUAAACACAAGCAAUGAUCCAGUUGUAAGUAAUGAGCAGCAGCUUCAAAGUUUCUGGAAGAGGGUUGCUGACUACUACAAAGCAAACGAUCGCUCAUCUGGUUCAAUAGCAAGAGGGCCUUCACAAUGUAAGGCUAGGUGGAACAAGAUAAAUCACUCGGUCAAUAAGUUUGUGGGGUGUUACGCACAAGCGAGUUCAAGUAGAAAGAGUGGAGAAUCAAAAGAUGACGUAUUGAGCAUGGCGUAUGAGCUUUUCAAGAACGACAUGGACAAGCCAUUUCUGCUAGGACAUUGCUGGAGGGAAUUGAAGCAUGAUCAGAAAUGGAUCACGGAGGAGUGUAGCCAUAGGCGGACUAAACUCACUUCAGAAGGAGCAUACUCACCCGGAGAGUGCAAUGAUGGAGCUAAGAUGAGGCCUCCGCGGGUUAAAGCUUCUAAGAGAAAAGGGAAGAAACCGAAAGUGAUUGUUGAUGUGAAGGAUGGUUUUGUGGCUAAGUUAGAUAAGAUCAUAGCAAUAAAGGAGCAAGAACAAGCCGCUAAGGAGAGACAUGCCAAAAUGAGAUUGCUAGACAGCCUUAUUAACAAGGGUGAACUAACACCCGCUAAAGUUACACUUAGGGACAAACUCAUAGGCCAGAUGGUGACAAACAUCUAG